AGCCCGCACGCGCAGCCACAAGAUCCCGGUGCGCGGGCAGAAGGAUUUCAUUCCCACAGGGUCGGAUCAGCAAAGGGAUAGGCUUCAGCAGAGUUUGGACGAGCACUGGAAUCUAGUAUCUGAGGAGCGAGUGGAGAGGUUGGGGAACCUGGUGAAGGCAGUGUGGAUUCCCAGGGACAUGAUAGUGGGGCUGCAGUCACCAGCAGGGAAGUUUUGGGAGACUAUGGGGUUUUCUGCCCAUGGUAAGCAAUGUCUACAUCCAGAAGAGGCUCUCUAUCUAAUGGAGUGUGGAAACCUGCAAGUUUUCUACCAAGACCUGCCACUGUCCAUCCAAGAGGGUUAUGAGAGAUUUCUAUACUCAAAGACAAUGAGUGUACAGCAUUACCAGGUUUUUGGCCAUUUGAAGCGACUUGGUUAUGUGGUGAACAGAUUUGAUCCCAGUUCUGUGCCAUCGCAGUAUGAGAGGCAGUUGAACCUGCCCCAGUCCCGAGACGGCUCAGGAAAACUUCGGAAGAGGAAACGCAGCCACAGCCCCACCUCCAGGCACACAGGAACACAGGAGGGCCCCACUUCUAAGAGAAUGGAGGAGGAGAAAGACUGCAACAGAGAGGAAGAGGACAAGAAUCCUGACUCUCUUCCAGAUCUUUCAGCCCCAGACAUUGACGAAAUCCAGACAGCAUCACACGUUGACCCCACCACUUCAACUGUGGGUGGCCAGGGCAGGAGCUGGUGGUCAAAGAAAGGCUCCCCAGACCCUGACUCUGAGCUGCCAGGUCAGCCCCAGAGGUCCCCUCGCUGGGACUUCAGCUCCAUCCCUUUCCCAGACCUGGGCUCCAGAUGCUGGCUCCCCAGCAGCCUGACCUCCCCAGACCCCUGCCUGCUGCCCGGGGCUGUGGGGUCAGUGGGGGCCUGCGAUGUGGCCCCCUGGCUGCAGAGGCUCAAUCUGCGUGAGGUGAGGAUGUCCCGGCAUGAGUGGGAGAGAGAGCGGGAUAGGGACCGGUACCGGAGGGACAUCAACCAGGACAGAGAGGUACGACGUUGCAGGAACUGGGCGGAGUACCAGGAGCUACAGGAGAGAAGGAUUCAACGGAGCCGCAGAGAUAGGCCAGCACACCUGUGGAAGGGGCCGGUCACACCCCUACAUGACCCUGCACAGGUCACUUCAACUGGUGAGCUGCUGGAUAAAAUCAGUGUGAUCAAAUCCACACGGCUGCUGGAGGGAGCAUCCAGUUUGAAAGGUUCAGAGUAGUGGAGAAUCUGUUUCAACAUUUACCAACCCGACACGGUCGCUGAAUUCAAGAAGAGCGCUCCUGGAAAACCCUAUUCUCGCAUGUGUGUGUGCAGGUAAACAUCCCAAAACUGUCAGGGGGUGUUUGUAUACUUUAAAAUCAGUUUAAAAAAUACACAAAAAAAGAAUACCAUUUUCAAAAGAGAUGACACAAGACCACCUGCCAUCAAAAGUAAUCCUAAAUGCACUAUUAUCAAAUGCUACUGCACGCUGAAUAAUGUCUGCUGUCUUCUCCAAGUUUCGAUGGUCCAGUGCCUGACUUGUGGACACUGAAAUUGCUGGCUUUCCAGAGUGGGGACGUCCCGGUCACCUAUGCAGUGGUGGACCACGGGGACAUCUCCUACUCCUUCAAGGACUUCCAGAUACCCACAGAUGUGUCCUUCUGAGGGCCUGACCACAGUAAACAGUCACACGCCCUGGUUUAACUACUGCACCAUGCCAGGGCUGCCUGCGGUGGAUCUGAAACUCUGCAACUGGAACUAAUGCCAAAGAAAUGAACUAAACGUAAUUCUCUUAGUGAAUUGAUGGACGGCAGUCCUCACACUGUUUGAUGCUGUAGUAUGCCUUCCUCCUGUGUUGCAGACUUCUAUUCGUGGCAUAUGAUCGUCUGCAUCUGAUUGAAGGUAACCUACAUUGUCACCUCUCCAAACAAUGUCACCAUGUCUUAUACCAAGCAUGGUUUUGUAACGCCUCUGAAGAUUUUGAACCGAAUUGGCUCGGUUUUCUUCUGCCUUUAUCUCAUCACCACCAUUGGUUUUCUGGUAUUCAUAUACUGUAUCACGAGUGGCUUCACUAUGUAUGCACUUGGUAUAGAUGCAGUAUGUGUAGAUCAUACGUAUAUCUCAGCCCUUUAUUUUUGUCUAUCUGCCCAUAUUUUAGAUCCAAUCAGCUUUACUGACUGGCCUUUUGUUGUUGUUACUUGACUCCUGUUCUCUUGUUUUUGUUUCAAAUUGCUUGUGAACUCUACAGAUACAGGCCACCAUUUAUCUUCACAUUGUCUUUGUGGUUGAGUUAUUGUUGCAUUGUUCUCAUGGUUCUUCCUAACAAAACCAAUCCCCCCGAACCCAAGUAGUGCCUACCAUACACUUCUACCCAUUACAUAAAGAAAACAACGUUUAUUCUACUUUUAUGACAUUCUGUCUGAAAUCUAUGGGACUAGUAAGCCUGUGUAAAAUAACAUUUUCUUUCUAUUUCCUUUGUGUGGCCUAAUCUGAAGAUGUAAAGCACAGACUCUUCUCUCUUAUAUCAGUCCACAAACUCAGUGGUGUUAAAACAUUGAGAUGAGGUUACUGACCACAACCGGCUCCUCUCAGCUCUAACUUACCAGCAAACCCUGUACAUCAGUCCUUCUGUGAUGUGCAGUACAAUAAAUACACUGGAUCUCCA